GUUUAAAUCUUUACCGGAAGCCAUAUUUUAAUCUCGACGAUACCGCGUGAAAAUGAAAUACGUCUGAAAAUUAUGAUCGAUUUUAGGGUGUUUUUAUCAGCAUCAGUCCUUUUUAUUGCAGUUUUAGUCAAUAUCAUAGCUUUUAAGACUUUUAUUUUUAUAUCGUUUUCAAUUUUAUGCUCAAUUGUUUUAUUUGAAAAAUGGUCAACGAAUGGGCUUCGCGCGGGUGAGAGACAACGUAAAAAACGAAAGAACGACGUAAAGGAACAAUUAACAACCACCAAUGGUAUUCUGUCAAACAUGUUUUUUAACAGAUCAUUCCAAGAAAAAUCAAAAGUGAACAAUAACAAUGCUUCCCCUUCGUGGAGGACCGGUGCCACAUCGCCUCAGUUUCCAACGGACAACAGAAUUCGAAAUCGUAAUGCAGUUUCAAGAAACCAUUCAUUUUCGGGAAGAAGAACCGAUUUUAAUUCCUCAAGGAUUACAGACAGUCAUUUGAAAUAUAUACCUUUCUUACCUACCGUAAGAAGAGCACUAGGUCUUGAUAAUGUAUCUAGGAGCCCUUUACCAAAGACCCCAGAGGUUACAGCCACCUAUCCAGAGAGACCCGUGGCUGGGUUUUUACCUGCAGUGCGACUUGGGAGGAGAGAAGUUCCCCUGUAUUCUCCAGCCUCAAGAACCAUAGGAAGAAGUCCAAAUACUGUGAAGAUUGCCCCACCAGAUCCUAGAAGGAUGCACAACACAAGAUUAUUUCAAGUGAAAAGCAAUCAGAGAGAAGAAAAUAAAACAAGUACACCCAACACACAGUCAGUGUUGUCUGCAUUAAAAGAGAAAAGUAGAAAGAGAGCCAUUGAAGGAUUGGAUGUCACCAUCACAGAUGUACAAGGCCAAAUGGCAAAGAGAAGGCGACAAGAAAGCCAGCAGUCCAAUGCCUCCACAUCCUCCUUGCCCUCGCUGCCAGACAAUUUGCCUGAUCUUUCUACCCAGGGUUACACCAUUCCACGUCUAAAGACUCCGACCCUCAAGCGUUCUAUAAACAUGGUAAACCUGACAGACUUGGAAUGGGAAGAGAGUGAGGAGAGAGGGAACAUGAAGAAAAGACCCCGCCAUGAAGCACAUUACAACUCCAUCUCCAGCUCUCUCAGUUCUAUGCGACGUAUGAAGAUCAAACAGGCUGUGAACAAAAGGAAAAAUGAAUCCAAAGAAAAUAGUGUGCUGGAGGAUACUUCAGGCCGCAUCUCGCCGGUCACCAAAAAGGCAAUGCUUCGCAGUGCUGACACCGUAUUAUUGACUGAGAACAAAGAUGUUCCAUCCCAGGUUGCUCAGAAAUCUGAGGACACCUCUAAAAGUCAGCUCUCAGAUUUGGAGACAUCAGUAGCUGAGUUCCUGAAUAAGUCAGGGACCACACACAAGUCUGUGCGGACUCCAAAGCGUGUUGCUGUGACAGAGAAGUUAUCGGCAAGAAAGCGAGACAUGUCCCUUUAUGCAGGACUCAACAAAACAUACGAAGAUGUACCACAAGCAAAUGUGAAUGCAAAGAUUGAAGAUUAUGAUAAAGAUAGGGAGGAGGAGGAAAAGAGGGCCCAGGAUAUGAUGUCAGAGAUUGGAGACUCUGAGAAAGAGUCCUCUACUGCAGAUGUUUUAUCUACUAAUGUUUCAACACCAUCAGUAGCAAGUAUAACACCCUCAACAAUAAGUACUAUGCCAGUAUCUAUUGGGACCACCAAGCCAGUAUCCUUGGCCGCCACUAGCCCCAUUAGUAAUGCUACCACUGUUACCACAGCAACUCCAAGUGCUAAUACACCUGCGUCUGCACCCACCCCAGGUCUGUUUGCUAUAAGUACAGCAGCAUCUACUAGUUCUGCAUCACCAGCUAGCAAGCCUUUGCCAUCUGCUGGAUUUAAUUUUGGUGGUUCCCCAAGUAGUACAAAUGGACCAGGUUCAAUGGCCAGUCUCUCCAAUGGAACAACCACAGUAACUAGUGCUUCAGGAGCAAUAGCCAGCGCUGCACCUUUUAGUAUAGGAACAGCUUCUACAUCUUCUAUAAAAACUAGCCCUAUAGCAGGGUUUCAGUUUGGACAAACAAUGCCAUCGAAAACGGAGACAUCUUCAACAGAAUCCUCCUCUUCAAAUACAACUUCAGUCUCAUCCAGCAUAAGUGGGAUACUGUCUAAUGGCUCUAACUCCACAUUAAAAGUAUCAUCUGCUCUACCAUCUAUUUUGGGUGGACUGACAGGGCCAUCUAUUUCUUCACCAAGUGGACAGAAUGGAUUUAGUUUUGGAACCCAAUCAGCUAAAUCUUCAAACUCUGUUACAUCUGUAUUGUCUGCCCAAAGCUCGAAUGGAGGAUUCAGCUUUGGGGGCCAAAGUUCUAGUGUUUCAACAACAGUCCCUACAGCUGCAUCAUCUUCCAGUGUUGGAGGAUUCAAUUUUGGGAGUCAGACUUCAAAUGUCUCUGCACCUGUAAGCAAUGGCACUUUAAGUGCGCCGUCAAUUGGAGGGUUCAACUUUGGAGGUGGGACUACAAAAAGUGGUCAUCUAACCUCAGUCAGCAGUACAGCUUCAAGUACAUCUGCUGGAGGCUUCAACUUUGGUGGAACAACAAGCACAGCUACCACUUCAGCUGCGUCUGGUGGAUUCAAUUUUGGAGGUCAGUCUAAAACAGCAUCCUCCACAGCACCAUCAACUGGAGGGUUUUCCUUCAACAAUCAGCCAGCAAGCACAACAACAGCGGCAGCAGCUCCUGGUGGGACCAAUUUUGGAGCAGGAACUAGUUUUCAAGCAAGUUCCACUGGUGGUUUUAACUUUGGUACAGGAAAUAGUUCAAGUGCACCAAGUACAGGUAGCAGCACCUUUAACUUUGGAAGUAAGCCUUCAGCUCCUGUUGCCGUAUCAACCAAUUUAAGCACUGGAGGAAGUACUUCAGCUGCACCAGGAGGGUUUAACUUUGGUGCACAGCCAACAACCACUGCUAGUGGAACAGGAGGUUUAAACUUUGCCACACAGAAUCCAGCUCAAGCUCAAUCAACCACUGCAGUCCCAGCAGUUUUUGCAUUUGGAGGUCAAAAGCCUUCAACAACCUCUUCAUCAACAGGUGGAUUUAACUUUGGAGCUUCUACUAGCUCAACAGCAGGGAUGUUUAAUUUUGGUACAAGUAAAGCAGGUACUCCAGCAACCUCGGUGAUGUUUGGUUCUACACCAACAACAAAAACAGAGCCACAAACAUCUGUUUUUGCAUUUGGAGCUGGUGGUCAGAAUCCUGCAGCAUCUUCAUCAAUUUCCUUUGGACAACAGCCAGCUGGGUCCCAGCCUAGUUCCACCUUUACAUUUGGUCAAUCCACCACCACUGCUGGCAGUGUGUUUGGACAACCAACCGCUACUCAGGUUUCUUCUUCUUUUGGACAAUCCUCUACUCCUGCAUUUGGAAGCACCAGUGGAUUCGCCCAGCCAGCAGGAUCUCAAACAGCCACUGGAUUUGGACAAGCCUCCCAAUCUACAGCUGGGUUUGGACAAGGCACCAGUGGCCCUGGUUUUGGACAGCAGCCCCCCUCACAACCUUCUUUCAACUUUGGACAACAGAAUCCAACCACUCAAGCCCCACCAGCAUUUGGACAAGCAACUUCUCAGCCAUCAUUUGCAUUUGGACAACAAUCUUCAACACAACAAACUAAUUCUGUAUUCAGUUUUGGUCAGCAGCCAGCCCCACCAGCUUUUGGACAGGCAACAAGUCCACCAGGGUUUACAAAGUCAGCAAGCACACCAUCUUUUGCAUCAGCAAAUGGAACUAGCAGUAAUACUGGAUUUAAUUUUGGUAUGGCUACUCCUAUGAAAAAUUCUCAAAGUUUAGCUCCAUCUAGUGGGUUUAAUUUUGGAACUCCCCAGAACAACAGUGCUACACCCAACCAGUCGACACCAGCCAAACCUUAUGAUUUCUCCCAGUCCUUAACACCAUCUUUUAACUUUGGAGCAGGUGGAGGGAAUAAUGUCUCAUUUGGAACCCCAGGUGGAAAUGGCAUUCCCCAACCUAGCUUUGGAGGAUCAACUCCUUCCUUCAGUGUUGGAACGGGAAAUAACCAAAAGGCCCGCCCUGUCAGAAAACCAGUGCGAAGAACAAAGAGAACUUAAUUCAUUGCAUGUCUUUCAUAAAGAUCUUUGUAAAUUAUCAAGUGGCUAUCAUUUUAAAAAAUCUCAUAUCAUCCAUCUUGUGCAUAUCUUAAGCCAUUCUGUUGUUUUUUCGGGUUGACAACUCAUAGAAGUUCAAAUAAACUAAUUUUGAUCAGGAAAGCACAGCUGAGGUAUAUUACAGUUCAAUAAGAUUUUGAUUUUAAAAAAAAAAUUGCAUGUACUUUUUUCAAUUUGUAAAUCUGUAUAAAUUUGUAAAAAGAAGGUGAAUUUUUUUUUUAAAGAAUUUUUUUACAAAACAGGAGUGUUUUUUGAAAGAUGUUAUGUGUUAUAUAAAAAAAAUUAUCUAGAAGACUUUGUUUUGCACAGUUAUAUGUGUCAUAAUGUGUCAUAAUGCACUAAAAAGAUAUUUUAAAUGUAGUUUUUCAUGUUAUGUACAUGUAUAUUAAAAGAAAGAGUUUCAAAUAAGAAUUAUAUAUAUCUGGAGCUAAUUUAUAUAAAUUAUAUUUGUAAGAUGUAAACCUUUAAGUUGGAAAUUUUUGAUUAUGUUAAAACUUAUUUGAAGCUCUAUAAACAAUUCCUUAAUGAUGUGUUGGGGAUUACAAAAACUUGCUAAUUUUGAAGUCCCUGACAAUUAUUGGUCAAUUUCAAAAUGAGUUACAACAUUUUUUUUUACAUGUAUUUGCAUUCAAAUGUUCAGAAUGUCUUUCCAUCCAAUUUUCAUAAUUUAUUAUUCAACAAAAGGUGCUUGAUUUGCCCUGGUAUAACUUAUUUUGAUUUUGUACCAAUUUGUGUAUUUUGUUUUCUGUUAUAUUACAUCAGUCUGUCUGAAACAUUAAUUUUUGUGAUAGUGCCAAAUUUAUACAAAACUCGGUGUUACACAUAUGUUUUACGUAACACGAGUAAAUUUUUCCUCACUGUGUAACAGUGAUUGUAAUGUAAAUAUAUGCAAUAUUUGUAUUGACCUCACAGUUUCACAAAAGUUAGUGUUCAGUUCCCAAGCUUGUAUAUAUUCUCUGUAUCACUUUCUCUUUGCAGGCUGGUGCACAGCAUAUUGCUGUUUUUUUAUUGUGAAUGUCGAAUGUCAAGUUUUUGUUAAUGGUUGAAAAAUACAGCAACUCAAAUGCAUGAUGAGUUUAAAGCAGCAUCUGGUUAACGGUUACUGAAAGCUGAAAAAGUUAAUGGGUGUGUUCUUUGUCUGAGUGAUAUUGCAAUCAUUGGGUGUGCUCUUUCCUGUGGAGUUUCUGAUGAACCUCAAUGUAUUACACAAAAUAAUGAUAUUCCUGUGAAGAUUGGGUAGACCGUACGAAUCUGUAUUGGAUAGGGAGAAAACAAGUGUGGUGUAUUAUGUAUGAAAUUGAAUUGUGACUUAGAGAAAGGUGGAUGUAUGUUUCUGGAAUGGAGAUCAAUAAAAUUGUACUACUGGU